GAUGGGAUGACGGGUCGCAUUUUGGUUAAUCGGGUUAGAUCGCAACAGGCACUCCUUUCCCCGUCACCGUUGUCACCGAUGAUCGCAGGCUGCGUGUGCUGAGCUAUACCACGCUACACAAGACGCGUGAUCCGAAUGACGCACACGCGACGAUGUUAAUGCGUCCGUCAUACGCUGACACAUAUUGUGACACGGAAAAAUCGAAGUCGGAUACGCUACGUCGCUGACAGGCGAAGGAGAACUCGCGGGAAUGCUUGCAAGGUAGAUAGGAUUUUUUCUCAGGGUCGGAGCCAAAGUCGAAAAUCAUUCCUCAGCAGCUGAAAUCGUCAAGCGAGGUCCGCUUUGAUCGCGGGGCGGAUCGGCUUAAGAAGCGUGAUUAGUCUGUGAUGAGCGACUCCGAACAGCAGCAAUUGCACGUGCCUUAUCGAGAGUACCAAAGCCAGAACAAUACCGCUCCCGCUGCCGCCACCGCCGUCGCUGCCACCGCCGUCGCCGCCACCGCCGCCGCUGCCGCUUUGGUAGAGACCGAUGCGCUGGUUGACCUUUCCAUCGCACCUGUCAGCAGCAGUAACCAUCAGCGUUUGUCAACGCAGUGCGACCAGCCACCGCCGUCGGCGGAUCUUCUGCCCGACGUCGAGUUCAUUCCCGGUUUGAGCAACGACCAAACCCUAGCCAUAGAUUCCUCCGGGAUCGACCGGGAGAGCCAGCCUCUCCUUGGUCGCUUGGAGCUCGACGUCACGUUCAACAGAUUUCCAGAUGAUCCACAGUUCUCGGAACUGGUAUGGCAAGCUGAGUGUGCAAUAGACAAUGGAGUUUACCCAGAAAGGAUAUACCAAGGUUCCAGUGGGAGUUAUUUUGUUAAAAAUCCUGCCGGGAAAAUAAUAGGUGUAUUCAAGCCGAAAGAUGAGGAACCCUAUGGCAGGCUGAAUCCAAAGUGGACGAAAUGGAUGCACAAGCUCUGCUGUCCCUGCUGCUUUGGCAGGAGCUGUCUGAUUCCGAAUCAGGGAUACCUGAGCGAGGCGGGCGCCAGCUUGGUCGACCGCAAGCUAGGCCUGGGCAUCGUGCCGAAUACAAGAGUGGUGAAGCUUGUGAGUGAGGUGUUUAAUUAUCCGCGUCUGGAUCGUCAGAAGGCGCGCAUGAAGCAGGCGAUCAUGGACCAGUUUCCUACGGUGGGGUCGCAUUUCAACCGCAUCGGCCUGCCCCCGAAAAUCGGUUCUUUCCAAGUCUUCGUGGACGGUUACAAGGACGCCGACUAUUGGCUGAGGCGGUGGGAGAGCGAGCCCAUGCCGGCGCGUCUGAGUCGGGAGUUUCAACUACAAUUUGAACGUUUGGUCAUUCUGGAUUAUAUCAUCAGAAAUACGGACAGGGGUAACGACAACUGGCUGAUCAAGUACGAUGCCAGCGUCAACAAGAACGGGUCUGAGCAGGGCGAGGUGAAAAUCGCGGCGAUAGACAACGGCUUGGCCUUCCCCUUUAAGCAUCCGGAUUCUUGGCGGGCGUAUCCUUACCAUUGGGCGUGGUUGACCCAGGCGAAGCUGCCGUUCAGCGAAAUCACGAGAGAAUUGGUCCUACCGCAGCUUUCGGACCAGAACUUUGUACAGGAUCUCUGUGACGAUCUGUAUCAGUUGUUCAAGCAAGAUAAGGGCUUCGACCGGCACCACUUUGAUAGGCAAAUGAGUGUGAUGCGCGGACAGAUUUUGAACUUACAACAGGCUCUGAAAGACGCCAAGAGUCCUGUACAAUUGGUACAAAUGCCGGCUGUAAUUGUGGAAAAAGCCAAGGGAAACGGCGCACCCAGAUUGUUUUCGUUUUCUGACACGUUUACCCAGCGCUUCCAGAACAAGAGCCCGUUCUUCUCCUGGUGUUAGAGACGCGAUUUGAAAGCGAGUGCAUGUGAAUCAGUGUCAUGUCAGUGAUGUCAGUUACACGAUGGAACUAUCUUGCGCGCCACGAAUAACGUUAUUACCUUAUUUUUUUAAGUUUACCCUACACAUUUCUACCUCUCUUCCUUAAGUUUGAUUUCUAUCGCGUGGCUGCGGACUGAUUAGGAGAAGACGGUUGGUUCUUUUUAGGCUGUCUUGUAUUUAUAAUCUCUAUCUCUCUCUCUCUUAAUUCAAUUGGGACAUUAAAAUAUUCAUACACUAUAUUGUAUACAGUAAAUAUAUAUAUAACGUUAAAACAGAGAUUCUUUUAAUGCGCUUGAUAUGCGAAUGAAGUGCAAAAGAGGCGUAUAAAAUUAUAUACAAUCUAUGAAUAAGACACAGACGCGAGUUCCACACUCGAAAUACGUCUUUUGUGUCUUCCACACACACAAACACACACACAUACACAUCACACACGUACACAUAUUGUAGUUUGUGCCAAUUAGUAAUGACGGAAAGAGUUCUUAGAUCAAUAUCUUGGAGAAUAACGUCAUCUUAACGCUCAAACAGAUCGAAAGAUAAAUAUCCUAUAUUCACAUUCAAAUGUGCGAUAUUUUCUUUCUUCUAUUUCCGUAAUCGAAAAGAUGACAGUUAUUCUACAAGAUGACGAUUGUGGACAUUUAAAAAAAAAUGCUGUAUAAAAUUUUUUAAAGUGUGGUCCUGUGAUACACACAUCACGCAUGUAUUGAUAACAGAAAAAUUCUACGUAGUUAUAACAACGCUAAUUAUUAAGUACAAAUGAAAUUCCUACGGAAGCACUAGACGUAAAUAGAGUUUCUAGUGCAAUUUUUAUGAAAUUGUAUUUUUGCUCCUUUUCUCUUUGUAAUACACACAUUUAUCGUGA